AUGACGUCAUUUCAGGAGAUCGGUUUUGUGCAUUUGAGUGCCGGAGACCUGCUGCGGGCCGAGAGACAGCGUGAAGGUUCGCAAUUCGGCGCCCUCAUCGAGGGACACAUCAAGAACGGUACGAUUGUCCCCGUGGAAAUCACGUGCAAACUGCUCGAGAAUGUUAGUGAUUGCCGGUUGUUGUCACGUGAUUGCAUUGUUUAA